AUGGCUACCCACCAGGCGUACAGGCCAGAGACGCCCCCACACCCCGACCGCCUGUGGGUCUGGGAGAAGAACGUAUACCUGGAUGAAUUUCGUCGAAGUUGGCUGCCCGUAGCCAUCAAGAGUGAUGGAAAAUUCCAGGUGCUCAUGUACCAGCGAGAUGUCACCUUGGGGGCUGCUAUGACCCCUAGUCAGCUGAUGCCUUACCAGCUGCCUUUAAUGUGGCAACUGUACCCUGGGGAAAAGUACCGAAGCUGUGAUUCCAUGUUCUGGAAGAUACUGUACCACGUCAAGUUCAGAGAUGUGGAGGAAAUGUUACUGGAACUGAUGAACCCCAAUGAAUAA